AUGCAUCUCCACCUCCUCACCCUCCUCUUCACCACCACCACCCUCGCCCACACCACCCUCUCCCGCCCCUGUCCCACCUACGGCGGCGACCCAGCCCUCUGCAGCAACGGCAUCUCCAUCCUCCCCAUCAUCGCCCACGAAACACUUGGUAAACCAUGUCCAACGUACGGAGGCAACCCGGCGCUAUGUAAAGAUGGGACGUCGAUUUCUGAAGAGCCGUGUCCGUCGGUGCAUGCGAGGAGUUCGGAGGCUAUGCCGCCGGCGCGAACCACGCCGGCGCUUUCGUCGGGCACGAAUCCGAAGAUGACGAUUCAGACUAGCUGGGCGACUGUUGAGCGGACCGUGUCUCGUCCUUGUGUGCCGUGUGCUACAGAGAGCGCGGGGACAUGUACGGAAAGCCAGUCGGCUUCGAGUUCAUCUGGGACGCCGCCAAAACCAUCAUCAGGAACGGCAACUACUGCAAAAUCUUCAUCUGCUCAAGGUUCAGCGACGGCAACUUCGCCAAAGACAUCAUCAGGUUCAGCGACGACUUCAGUCGCAGCGACAUUGACGAAAAAUCCUAAUACAACAGUAACGUCCAUGACGGUCAUCACACCUGCCCCAUCAGCUUCCCCAGCUUCGAGCAGGACCACCAGUGCCGCAGCAUCCUCGACUGCCGUGCAAGCGAACGUCGCUGCCCAACCAGCCGUUGGCCGAAUAGGUUUCUUGAUCGGAGGUUUAGUGGGAGUUUGGGCUAUUCUUUAA